UGCUACCAUGCUUCAAGCAAACUUGUGAACUCUCCCUUUCUCUCCCUCCCCCUGCAUUAAAAAUCCCCAUACUAAGCAUCUUGGACUUGUAAAAAUCCUCAACUCCAAAGCCAACCUUCAGGGGUUGUGGUAAUGGCGAUCUGGACUCUGCUUCAUCUUCUUUACUUCGUUCUUCUCUCAGCGGCUUUGGCACCGACACUCACAACCGCAAAUCCAGAAGGGGAUGCUCUGUAUGCGUUGAGGAGAGCCGUAAAGGACCCAGAAAAUGUGCUCCAGAGCUGGGAUCCCACCUUGGUUGAUCCUUGCACUUGGUUUCAUGUUACCUGCGAUGGCGACAAUCGAGUCACAAGACUGGACCUAGGAAAUGCAAAGCUGUCUGGCACUUUGGUACCUGAGUUGGGCAAGCUGGAGCGCCUUCAGUACCUGGAACUGUACAUGAAUGACUUGGUGGGUUCCAUCCCAGGGGAACUAGGAGGGUUGAACAGCCUGGUGAGCUUGGAUCUUUACCACAAUAAUCUCACAGGACCAAUCCCUGCUUCGCUUUCUAAGCUCUCUAAUCUCAAGUUCCUGCGACUCAAUGGUAACAGAUUAACUGGUAGAAUACCAAGAGAACUCACCAAACUUAAGAACCUCAAGAUCCUUGAUGUGUCGAACAACGAUUUGUGUGGCACGUUUCCAACUUCAGGCGCGUUCUCUAAGUUUUCAGAGGAAAGUUUCAUGAACAACACAAGACUGGAAGGACCAGAGCUGAUGGGAUUUGUGAGAUAUGAUACUGGAGGGUGUAAAUGAUUCAGCCAGAGGCAAAAUAUGUUGCCCCUUCCAUGUAUAAUCUCUUUAUAUGGAAGGGAAUAACAAAUCUGUUUACCCGUAUAACUAUUGACUACUGCUUUGCAUUUCAGACCAGCAUAGACUCUUAAAUUCCAUGUCUAAACAAAGUAUCCAAAUUUUUGUGAAUUUGUUGCAUCCACGCAAAACCAGCUGCAGCUGCGUGGAUUACACAAAUCCAGUAAGUCAAUCAUGGAUUGGCUGGAAGGGACCUCCCACCUAUGAAUACUGAAUAGAUAAACCAAAACUUC